AUGGCAUUCAAGUUCGUCGUUCUUAGCUGCCUGGUGGCUGCGGCAAGCGCUGGACUGCUCCCAGCUGCUCCCGUCGCUUAUUCGGCCCCACUCUCGUACUCGUCCCAUGCCAUCCACGCUGCUCCUGUGGCGUAUUCCGCCCCAGUGGCCUACGCAGCCCCUAUCGCUAAAGUAGCCGCUGUUGCCCCAGUAGCCAAAGUAGUGGAGGCUUACGAUUCUCACCCACAAUACAGCUUCGCCUACGAUGUGCAAGAUGGUCACACCGGUGAUUCUAAGUCCCAGCACGAGACUCGUGACGGUGAUGUCGUUCAAGGCUCUUACUCCGUUGUUGACCCCGAUGGUACCAAGCGUACUGUUGAGUACACCGCCGACCCACACAACGGUUUCAACGCUGUCGUACACAGAGAGCCUCUCGCCGUGAAGGUUGCCGCUGCCCCCGUCGCAUACGCCGCACCCGUCGCCAAAAUCGCAGCCCCUGUUGCAUACGCUGCCGCACCCGUCGCCAAGGUCGCAUACGCUGCCCCUGUGUCAUACGCCGCUGCACCCGUCGCCAAGGUUUCAUACUCUGCGCCCGUUGCCUAUUCCGCCCCAUUGUAUCACCACUUGUCGUUCAAUAUAAAAAGAGAACGUUCGAUAAGUUGGGCAGUACAAUUUCAUUCUUGGACUAUAUCACAACCAAAAAUGGCAUUCAAGUUCGUAGUUCUUAGCUGCCUGGUGGCUGCCGCAAGUGCUGGACUACUCCCAGCUGCUCCCGUCGCUUAUUCGGCCCCACUCUCAUACUCGUCCCAGGCCAUCCACGCUGCUCCUGUGGCGUAUUCCGCCCCAGUGGCCUACGCAGCCCCUAUCGCUAAAGUCGCCGCUGUUGCUCCAGUAGCCAAAGUAGUGGAAGCUUACGAUUCUCACCCACAAUACAGCUUCGCCUACGAUGUACAAGAUGGCCACACCGGUGAUUCUAAAUCCCAGCACGAGACCCGUGACGGUGAUGUCGUUCAAGGCUCUUACUCCGUUGUUGACCCCGAUGGUACCAAGCGUACUGUUGAGUACACCGCCGACCCACACAACGGUUUCAACGCUGUCGUACACAGAGAGCCUCUCGCCGUGAAGGUUGCCGCUGCCCCCGUCGCAUACGCCGCACCCGUCGCCAAAAUCGCAGCCCCUGUUGCAUACGCUGCCGCACCCGUCGCCAAGGUCGCAUACGCUGCCCCUGUGUCAUACGCCGCUGCACCCGUCGCCAAGGUAGCAUACUCUGCGCCCGUUGCCUACUCCGCCCCAUUGUAUCACCACUAA